CUGACAGCGUCGAACAUCCGCCAACAGCUGAAUUCGCGCGCAUGACCUCCGCGACCGAUAACCAGGUGCUAUCAUACUCAUGCCAUUCGACCUUUUUUAAUACGCGCGAGUUUGAAUGGUCGGCCUCGGAGUGGUGCCAAGCACUAAUUGACACAGCGUGGUUCGUCCUCCAGCUUGUCGCCCGCUACAUUCAGAACCUUCCGAUGACACUACUUGAACUCGAUACCCUUGCUGUAGUUGCUCUGACCUGCAUUGCCUAUGGCUUUUGGUGGAAGAAGCCUAAGGACGUAGGACGCCCUUAUGCUGUUUAUUGGAAAGCAACUACCUCUCUGCCAAGCACAUUAGCCUACGACGUUGUAGAUCCAAUGUUCUCCACUGAAAAAUGGUUUGGUUUUUGUUACCUUACAUUUAUCCCCUUCUCAGUCUUACGGGAUUUUUUUCCAUCAAUUCCCCCCGUGCUGUCCAUUCACGUCGGGUUCCGUCUGUAGGUGGCUAUGGAAUUCUUGACGGACAUCGUCAUCACAAUACCAUUGUAGUUCUCAUUGGAUGUUUCAGUGGAACGAUGUUUGGAGCUAUACAUUGUCUGGGCUGGAAUGUUUUCUUCCAGGGGCACGUAGAGCAGAUACUAUGGCGUGCGGCUUCCCUUGCGAUAGUAUCCACACCAGUAUUCAUGCUUCUGCUGUUUAGCUACGCCAUUCGGCUGGAU